AUGUUGCACCAUUUAUCAAAGACGGUAGACUUCAUCGCAGCCAGCAAGAGUAUCUUGUGCGACUUUUCAAAAUCCGACUACACCCAACGAAUGCUUCAGAAGUCUUGAAGAAGACAGUGGAGGUUGAGAAGUCCCUGGAUACGGCUCAAAAUGUCAUUACGGAUCAUACGAACUUCUCCCAUCCUCAAACCCAAGAGGGGACAGGCAGUGAUUCACAGGAAGCUCGAGAACUUCCCAUUCGACCCAGGCUCGAGCGCCAUGAUGAAAUGGCAGAGGGUGUACCGAGAGUAUGGGACUCGUCCAGCGCAGACUCCCGGAGUAUGUCUGGAGGUACCUCUAUCCAAACUCCAGAGAAAUACACUACUUCGCGCUUAUCCCAUGGUCUUGACGUGUGCAACGAGCGGACGCCGGAUUCGAUAGCUUCACCGGCGUUGUCUGAAUUAUUUGACCAAUCCACAGUGUCCUCUAGAGAAGCCACCCCUUUGACCAACUACGCGGAAACGAAAGUUGCGUGGGGAAUCGGACCGAUCGCAGAGAGUCCCUUGAUGAUACCGCGGUACAGAAAAGACGCAAGCGAGUCAUCUUUUGAUGACACGGAAUCCAUCUUUGCAACUCCACUAGAACUGGGUGAAGAAUGGAUCAGAGACAAGGAUGAGCUUGGAGUGCAAUCUUGGGUUGCCCACGCAGAUGACAAUGGCAACUAUUAUCAAGAAGUACAUUCCGAUGGUAAUGCUGGGCAGCUUGCCUCGUCUGCGGAAGCCGAUUGCCAUGACUUGGCAUUACAAUGUACACCACCAAUCGCGGAAACGCAAACUGUCCCAAGGAGACGUCGAUCGCAUGCCGACUUGAUUGGGACGCAUUCAGCGCUUCUUCCUCCCAAUGACACACAACAAAAUGUUCCGCCUCUUAUACCACUGGGAACUGCUCAGUGCCGGUCUCUAGACCUUGAAGAAGGUUUGUGCGCGCAAAGUGAUGCACAUGCUGAACAAACAGAUCGUGACGAAGAUUCGGGUAGGUUGAAUAUAUCGCAAUGUUAGUCCUGUGUAAAUGGCUGACACCUCGUAGUGCACGCCAGCAUUAGAAUUGCCUCGAGACUUCCUUCUAGAGCGGCUAGGACCCAGUCGAUGCAAUUCGGUCCG